CGAUUAUGACCGAAAUGGGUACGGUGUACUUAGUACUUAACGCCAGCACACCGUUAUUGAGCGUGAACAGUAAUAACACGCCAGUCGCACGUGUUACAGUUCAUCGAGUUUUGGUACGAAAAUGUACAAGUUAAAUUAUGUAUUAUUUGCAAGUAAAAUAGUAAUUGCUGUGUGCAUGUACGAAGAAAAAAAUUCUGAAAUGGCUAAAAUACUCCAUCGACCAAUUCGUGCACUUUCUUAUCCAGAAGACAGUUCACUAGGGAUAUUUUUUGCAUUAGCAGUACCUCUGCCAGAUCCGGAUAAAUCAGUAUCAGUCUCAUAUUUUUUUGAAGCCUCUUACCAACUACCACCCAACUCUACAUUAUUCGCGCCCUGGAAUGAGAAACGGCGCAAGCGAUCGAUAGAUCGUAAAACAAUUUAUCAGAUUAUUGAAAAUAAAUUUGAGAGUUUUGGAUUUUCCGGACAUUCGUGUUUAUUGAGAUCAAUAUGCGAGACUUUGAAAUUUGAUUUGGGUGAGAACGGGAUUUUGGGUGAUAUCUUUAAUGUUGUAUUUAUACCGUCGACUUCUCAACAGGAGAAUUUGCCGCAGGACAUUGUCGAGGCUGAACUAAUCGGACAAACUAGGAACUGCACAAAAUACCAUUGGAAUUGUCCCGUGGGGCUCUUGGACUUGAUUGGAAUCCUCGUGUAAAAUUCAACAACGACCAGUGUUAAGCCCUCUCUAUCAUUCGAUCAACCUAUACACUAUCUCUGUCACACAAUUUUUUUUCCUUUUACUAUUAUUAUUUUUAUUUUUAUCUCUUCAUACUAAAUACAUAUACAUACACACAUAUAUAUGUUAUGAUUGAUUUGUAAAAGGAUUUUUCAAAAGCUCUCGUUCAUCCGCUAUUUGAUUUCACAACAAACAAUUUAUCUUGACAAUCGUAUUGCACUACUGUUGAUUAAUGUAAAUGUAAAUACAAUUCUAUAUACACAAAAAAAUGAAAAAUAUUUUUUAAAUUAUAUAAAAAUGUUUUUUUGAUGGAAA